GCCUGUACACUACAACCAAAACUUUUCUAGCUGUUUGUCACAAAAUGUCUAUCAAUUCAUUAAUUUUUACUUCGUUGUUGGUUGGAGUUUUUAGCUCGCCCGAUCCCAGCUACAAUAAACCUUCAUACGCUCCGCCAAAAUACGAGCAAGCUGAGAUUCCGCACUGCGCCAAAAACACUACAAAGUCUUGGUGCCUGGAAGACUCGGAAUAUCCCCAUCAAGAGGUCAGAGAUGCUCUGGACCAGCACUACCAAAGCGUUUUGGCUUUCUACAAAGAUAAACUGGCCAACACAGACAAUUCCGUCGACGGAUUGGAUAAACUGAGUGACGAAUUUUACCUUUGUCCGAGCUCCACCGAGUACGUCCGUCCUCUACGGGCCAUUAACGUCGAAGGCAAGUGGCGGACCAUCGUCAAUGGAGUAGAGUCCUACGGCGUCAAAUACACCCAGACGGCUCGAGUUGAGGAAUGUGACGUGGUUGUUGGCACUGUCUGCCCACUGGUCCCGUCCUGCUACGAUUCCAAAUGCAUCCAGAAGAACAUCUUCCACCGUUUUUUGGUCUUCAAUCCCAGCGAUUACGCAUUUCCUUUCACCAUCGAAAAAUUCAAGUUGCCUGGCUCGUGCGGAUGUGCAGUUGGGGCUUUUAAACCUUGAAGAAACCCACCGGCGUUCCUGAACAAUUUCAUUCAAAUAAACAGAGAAAAUUAAAUUUGCUGCUGAUUGGAAUUUCAGAUUGCAUCAGAUAACACAUUUAGAUUACAUUUAUGGAUGUUGUACUGUGGUAUUAGUUGUAACAUAAUAAAUUUGAAAUAAUAAUUGAUCUUAUUAAAUUGGUACUCGUAAAAUAUCAAGAACUUGAUCGAAAAGCUUUUCUUUGUC